AUGAGAGCACAAAAAUUGGAAGAAUUAAAUAGUAGGAAGGACGACAAAGAAUCAAGAAUGAGAGCAGAGCUUCUUCCAGGGAAGAGGCCAAAGAAGGAAGCUCAGCUAUGGUUGGCCAGGGUAGAAAAGAUUAAUAGUGAAAUCCUAACCAUACAACAAGAACUCCGAGGGAAACACUUGUCUCGUGCAUGCCUUGGAAAAACACUUCCGCAUUCUGGAGACCGACUGCCAAUGCCAAACACAUUUCUAGUAGGUCAAGCCACUUUCAACAAAAAAAUAGAAGAAAUUUGGACAUGCUUGAUGGAUGAUGGAGUUAGAAAAAUUGGAGUUUAUGGCAUGGGCUGGAUUGGUAAGACAACUGCUGCAAAAACUAUUAACAAUCGUCUCUUAACAGAGAAAGAUAAGUUUGAAAAUGUAAUUUGGGUAACUGUACCAGACCCUUCAAGUAUUUUCAAGUUACAAGAUGCAAUUGCAUGCAAGUUGAAGCUGGAUCUUUCAGAAGAAUAUGGAGAUGAAACGACAAGGGCAGCAAAGUUAUGUGCAGAAUUGAGUAAACGAAGGAGAUAUGUUAUCAUCCCUGAUGAUUUGUGGGAAGCAUAUCAUCUUGAGGAUGUAGGAAUACCUGAGCCAUCUUUGGAAAAUGGAUGUAAGUUAGUAUUGACUACUCGAUCUUAUGAUGUCAGUCGUCGCAUGCACUGCAAGAGUAUCAAAAUGGAGCUUCUUUCUAAAGAUGAGACAUUGAAGCUGUUCCUAGACAAAGUUGGGCAUGAUGUUUUAUGUGUUCCUAAUUUGAAAGCAAUUAUGCCGAAGGUUGCUGAAGAAUGUGCCUGUUUACCUCUACCAAUCAUCGCGGUAGCAGGAAUUUUGAGUGGCAUUGUCGAUAGUGAGUGGAAGAUUGCAUUAGAGGAGCUAAAGAUGUUUCAAAAUGGCCUAAUGGGACGGGAAGUGUUGUGCUUGAGAAGUUGA